UGGGAAGAAAAAUAAGACAGUAAUCGAAGAGCAAGCCAGAGAUAAAGUGCGUUUCUUUCCUGCGUAGUCAAGGUACAAAUAUAAAAAGAACACAGCGAAAGGUUUCUGAAAAGGAAAGAUUGUUCUAUUCUGCGCCAUUAUUAUAUUUUCUACUGGUAGCCAUCUGCUGUCGCUUUUGCGUGACAACCUAUUGUUCCGACGGUUACCCACGGAUCGUUCGUCCGGCAGAUUAGGUGAACAUUUACGAACCUUUCGGUGCGCUUUUGCUAGAGUGGAAGAAGAAGAAAAAGUACGAGUCGUAGAAGGAGAAAUUUUUUGCAGCAGCUGCACACAUACACGUGAACGGUCAAGCGCUAUUACACAAUACAACGAAACUUGCCGUGCGGAAUUUCGUGUUGACGGUCAACGUGUUGUGUUUUGCGGGAGAGUAGUUUAUUUUUCAUUCGGGAGGUCAGAUACGACACACUGACGAAGAACCGUUUGGAAUUCACAAUGCACAUCAAUAAUCCGGACGCGCUGAAAGCCUGGCUAACCGAGGUUCUGGAGCCGCUGUGUGAUGCGGAUCCAGCGGCGUUGGCUAGGUACGUGCUUGCUUUACUGAAGAAGGAUAAACCGGAGAAGGAUUUACGCGAUUGCAUGAAGGAGCAGCUCGAUGUAUUUCUAGGACAGGAAACAGAACCAUUUCUAGAGCGAUUGUUUCGAUCAAUCAAAAGUGAAGAGUACAUCAAAAUAGCACAGGCUAAAGAGACGGCAGCAGCAGCUGCUACGGCAACAGCAACCGCACAGUUGCAACAGCAGCAGGCGGCAGUCAAUCAGUCACAACAAACCCCAGUAACAACGGAAGAUGCCAAAGUACGCAUUAAACGAGAGUUUACUCCGCCCUUACAUGAAAACUACAUCAGCAGCAGCAACAACAUCAGUAACAACAAUAACAACAAUUCUAAGGCCUCCAAAGACGUACCAGCAGGAAGUGUUCCUUCCGGAGAGAAGCUACGAGAAACUGUUAACAAUGCGCCCCAGGACAACAGCAGUGAAUUGUCCAGUAGUGCCAGCAGCGGAGCGAUCUCUAUUUCUGCCCCAACCACCAGUUUAAUUUCCCCGCCAACGAUUAGCACAAGCAAGACGCAAGUUAAAAGUUCUAGCAGCAAAGAUGAUCACAGCAAGGAGAGCAGAAACCGAGGUCGCCGAAUAUCCAACCGAUCCCGCUCCCGGUCCCGAUCUCGGUCCCGUUCGUUCGAGAGGUCUCGCGAAUCUAGACGUUCUCGUUCUAGAGAUCGAAUUCCUGCGCGGGAUAUGGCACGAGAAUCCGCCCGGGAGUCCGCUCGAGAGAAAUCAAAUCGGCAGUAUCGCAAUAAAUCGCCAAUCGGUCGAAGCGGUGGCAGCAGUGGUGGGGAUUCGUUCCGACGCUAUGAACGUAAGAGUCAUGCCUACGAAAAUCGUCGCGGCGGUGCAGGAGGUGGAGGAGGUAGUGGCAGUGGUAGCGGUAGCGGUGCCAGGGUUAUUAAUAGAAGCCAAUCAGGCAGUCGGUCGCCGUCGCCAGUCGCUGAGCGCCGAAAGAUUGCACGUUCCGAAUCGCCCGCCCCGGCCGCAGCCUCGAUCGUUGUACCACCUGUUACUACUCUGGAGCCAGCAGUUGAUGCAACAUUGCUUUCUGCGAAACGGCAGCGUUGUCGAGAUUUCGACGAAAAAGGAUACUGUAUGCGCGGUGAAACAUGUCCCUGGGAUCAUGGAGUGGAUCCAGUUGUUUUGGAAGAUAUCAACAAUCCAGCGUUGAUUACGAUUCAGUCAGCAGCGCAAAUGCGUACUGGACCUAUACAUCCCGAGUAUAGUCCGGAUGCUCCAGAAUUAUGGAACAGACCGCCGGUGUUUCCAACAGGGCGCCCGUCGAUCGCACAACGUUUAGGUAACAUUGCUGGUGUUGGUGUCGGUGGUGGUUUUGGUCCACGAGGUGCAAUCAGUGGGAACUUUAGGGGCGUCGCACCCGGAGGAUUCCCUACUGGAUUUCCUGGCAACCCAAUUGGCGCAACACCUCUACAGAGAGAGCUUAUCUCAGUGCCAGUAGUGGAUGCCAACAAGGGUGGUGAUGUGUCGGCACAGCAACCAAAGCGACGAUUUGAACCUGAAGAUGCUGUAGCCAUAGCUGACGGGCAUGUAAAACGCAAAGUUCCGUUGAACAAUCGCCUUGGACCGAGAGUUGCUGGAGGCCAUCAAAUGAUUGGGACAGGAGUAGGAGCCGUAAAUCCACAGCAAAACUGCUCCCUUGAACUGCGUAAAAUACCACGAGGCCUAAAUGCAAUUGCUCACCUAAACAAUCACUUCAGUAAGUUUGGAAAAAUUGUCAAUAUCCAAAUCAGCUACGAUGGUGAUCCAGAAGCUGCGAUUGUAACAUUUUCUACACACGCUGAGGCUAAUGUAGCUUACCGUAGCACCGAAGCAGUUCUGAACAACCGAUUUAUAAAAGUAUUUUGGCACAGUCCCGGCAUUGGAGCUGAGCAACCAGCAAUUACGCCGGCAGCCAAAACAGAGCAUUCUUUGCGCCGGUCCUAUCCAAACCAGUAUAGUAUAAACAAUUUAACAAACCCGAUAACGAGCAGCAAUAGCGUAUCAGCAGCGGGAACAACUCCAACAAUUACUACUUCAAUUGCUGCUAAGGAAACACCAAGUGUAGGUAGUGAAGGAGAAACUAGUGCUGGUUCGUCCGUCACAGUUACACCAUCUGUCGCCACAAAUGCUUUCACCAGCACCGCUACCAAGCUAAUCAAUACAGUAACAACUCCAUUGGUUUCAAUUGGCAACGCGCAUCAGAUCCGGCUGAAAAACUCCAAGAUAAAUCGAGCCACGAAUGAGCUUUUGAAGAAAAAACAAGAACUCACCCAGAGCUUGCAGAAACGAAAAAACGACUUGAUGCAAGGCUAUUUAAAGGAACUGCGUUCGCUUGUCGCUAUGGUUGAAAAGAGUGACGUUAAUGAUCCCAGCCGUGGAAAACUGUUGAUAUCAAUCAAAGAAUUGGAAGCCAGAAUUGACGUUCUGAAGAAAGAAAUUGCCUCUGAGCAGAAUCAAAUGGUUGCUCAAAUGUUGCCAAAGCGUAAAACUAAGGAACAGCAGAAAAAAGAUAUGCUAGAUGCUGAGCUUGACAUGAUCGCACAGGAGCAGCGCACCAACCGAACCCCUGGCUCUGGACCGACGCCCUCUCCAAUGGUCGUUAACAACAAACCGCAAGUGUUUAAUCCGCAGUCAAUUCGCUCUGUACGUCCCAACAACAACCGGCUUGCCCCAAUCGGUUCAACCAGCGUUGAUAGACGACCAACGACGCUUGCCAUCACAGGCUUUGCCCUGGAAGACGCUGAUGCUUUGCUGGGACAUUUCAAACAUUUUGGUGAAAUUACUAAGCAUCAGUUGGACAACACUGUACCAUCUCUGUUGAUUAGUUAUUCCAUACGACAGAACGCCGAAAAAGCACUAGUUCGUGGCAAACUGUUUCGAGACAUCACUUUGCAAAUAGGUUGGGCUGUGGCUAACAAUGCAGUAUCUGCUGUGACUGUUGGAACCGGUGCUGGAGCAGGUGAAGAUGGAAAAACUAAAUCAACAAUUGGAACAACUGCGAUCGUUCAGGACAAAACCGCCGGAGGCUUGGAUGAUUGUGAGAAAAUUGACGGUGGAACAGGAGGUUCUACAGGAGCUGGUGCUGGAGUGGACGCCAGUUCCGUGGCAUCUCUGGACAACUUGACGGAAACGGGUUCGAUGGAAGAAACCUCCGAGGUGCGACUCGUUGAAGAAGAAGAAGAGGAAGAAGAUAUGGAGUCUGAGGAUCGUUCAUGGCGCCGUUGAUAACUUCUGCUCACCGUUAAAGUUUACAAAUAUCAACAGAUCGAGCGAACGGCUGGAGCGAAACAAAAUAGAAAGCCAUCACGCCAGAGGAAACAAUUUAUCAAUUUACAGAAAUUGGAUUUUCUUCCCUUCAUUUAACAAUUUGUAUUGCGUUUUUAGUGGAUUUGUUUUUUUUUUUUUUCAAUUUCCCUUUACUUCAAAAUGUAGUAUGUAAGAAAUUUCCACUCCAAAAAUGUUUUUUCUUUCCGUUUUUGUUACCUACCUUUUUAGUCGACAGUUUUGUAACGUUUUGAAUAUGUUAAAGCAGUAGUUCGAGGCAUAGAGAAAACAUCCCAAAGUGAGAGUAAUAAUUUUCGAAACAAACCGGUCUUGCGUCAUCCGCAAGACUUUUUAUUUGAAAAUAAAACAGAACAAGGUUUUAGGCUAGAUCGUAUUGAUCGUAAAAAAUAGACUUUUUGUUCGAAAAAAAAAGAUGACUGAUGAUAGUCGCCUAGACGUUUCAAAUUGGCACUGAAAUUAAAUUGUUUGGUACGAGAAAGCAUGUUUGAAACAAAAACCGAUUAACUACUUUCACAUACACCAUGGAAAAGGAAACAAAACGAUGAUAGUUUUAUUGAGUAAAGUCUAGUAAUUAAAAUAAUAACUAAUUAUUAUGAGUAUAUUCAAAUCUAUAAACUUAUAGAUGUAAAAGCUAGUGUUGGUAAAAAACAAAACAACUAAUAAACCCUAAGUGUACAUACA